AUGCAUGUUUGUGCUCCCAAACCUGCCACCACUUUGUUCAAGGUGGUUUGGGAGCAGGUCUGGAUCAAAUUCCAUUCACGGCCUCAUCUCCACCUACAUUCAGUCUUGCCAUCUGAUCCCUGAAAGGCAGGAAAACACUUCAAAAUGGUGUUUUCUCCCCCAACCUUCUUGCCAGUCCCUAUAAAAGGAUUCCUGAGUGCUUUUAAGCUGCUUCAUCAGUGUGUUGGUAACGGUAGAACCCUCAGACCAUUUCUGUCCCUCUGGAUGAUACAUAUGGCCCAAACUCAGAAACUCCCUCAGAGAAGAAGCUCAAAGCCUCAAGGUAUUUGGUCUUGCUAAGUAUCCCAUCCCCUUCUUGUUGCCUGCAGGAACAUCGUGCUGGCAUCACACCUGAAGCCGCUAGAGAAAAAGGACAAGGUGGGUAAGAGGAGGAACGUGCUGUGGAAUCCCUGUGCAGCCCACGCCAAGGCCCCCCAAACCAGUGACAUGGAAAUACCCCAGGAACUGGAUCAACUGCCCAGAACCUCUGCCGAAUUUUACAGAGAUUGGCGCAGAUGCUUAAAAAGUGGAAAAGAAAAAUACCAGCUUUUGCUUGAACUUGGAGGGAAGGCCUUGGGCAGAAUCUUUCAGGCUGAUUUGGGCUUUGGCCUCCUGGGUGAAUUCCUUACAGUACUGGCAGAGCACGUCUGUCAUGAAGACAGAGCUACCAUCCUUCAGAUCUUACAGAGCCUUUCGGGCACCAAGCGCUUCGGGUUAAACAUGGAUCUUCUGAGCGAGUCAGAGAAGGAGAGCAGCAGGGAUUUGUUUAGGAAGCUGCGGAGCAUGAGCAGGGAUGAUUGGACCGAGGGCCACCCCAGUGGCCCAGUGAGCCACGAAGCAGAGAGGGAAGCCCACGUCAUGGACACCAGCCUGCAAAAGGAAGCUGAGGAAAGGAUAGUGAUGGAGCUGAUGAAAUAUUACCAGGUCAACUGA